AUGUAUGUCUCAAAUAAAUUAGAACUUAAUCGAUUCACCUUAGAUGCCAACCUUCAUGAUGGAGACAUACUCUCUAAAGUCAAUUAAAUAAACAGCAUCAUUCUAGCCAGAAACCCUAUAGAAAAGUAUAAUCUCUAAUCUAUUUAACCAAAGACUUCAAGAUUAAAAACUAUUUUCUGAUCCAACGAGUCUUGGUAGAUACAAGAAUUAUCGUGGAGCAUCAUCAAAAAUUGCUAAUUAUAUCAAGAAUCUUGAUCCCAUAGUAAGAGCAGCCUUUGUAGUGGAAAAGUCUCCUCCUUCUAAUCGAUUUAACACUUAUCGUAAUCCUAAAGCACAAGAAAAUCUUAAAUAGAUGAUUGAUAAAUUGAACAAUUUCCAAAAAGAUGAUACUGGCAUAAAAUACUUCUAUUAACAUCGACGCAGUUGCAGUCCAAGAUUAAAGUUACCUGCAGUCUCAAAACAUUACAGAAACCCUCCUAAAUUUCAAUAUGAAUCCAGAACUAUCGAUGUAAAUAGUACAAUGUCUCAUUCUGUAUAUUACCAUUGA